UAUAUAUACCCCUGCGCUGGCCCUCCUUGUGUUUCGAGACAAUUCACCUGCUUUAACGCAUAGCUCAGGUUUUUCAGGAGGCCAAGAAGAUUCACAUUCUGUUUCCUACCAUAACUUCAACCUUUAAAGAUUUCCCAAAAAUCUGCCAAUCAUUUACAGUCUUCUGCUCCACUUAGCAGCACACUUUUCUGACAAGCUAGCCCAGAAUGAGGAAGUUUUCGAUAAUCUCUCUUCUACUUCUGUCAAUCCUAGUUGAUCAUCAAGCUCAAGGUGCACGCUUGAUAAAGGAUUCUCCCUUAGCAGAACAACACAAAGUCCAUGAAGGCAAAAGUGAUUUGAGCAGUAGUAGUAUUGGAGUUGAAGAUCAGGUGAACCCUAGCGUGGAGAGUCAUGGCUCAGAAUUAGGAUCAAAUAGAAAAGUUAUGAAAAAAACUCUCUCUCCUUCUAGCACGACCCCCACCACUACCACCACCACCACCUCGAAGAAUGACAAGAAUGAUCACCAAGGAAAUUAUAAGAAAGCUGAGCCGGUACUGGAGGGCCAAUCAAGUAGUGACAGAUCAGGUGGAAAAGAAGAAAAUUUCUCGGUUAAUUCAUCACCAUUGACUCACCACCCGCCGGAGACAGCCCUCGAUCAUUAUCCGGACAUAUUAGACAUAGCUGGGAUGGAUUAUUCUCCGGCCAAAAGAAAACCGCCAAUCCACAACUAGUGCAUGAAGAAUUCAGUACUAAAGAAAGAAACUAGAGAAGUUGGACAGCAUUGCGGAAAAUGCUGCCAUUUUUUAGGAUUAGGAAGAUUUUGUACAUAUAACAUUUUAUUAUUUUGCUUAGAUAAUAAUCACUGAUUAAUUUAUUGCUAGGUAAUCAGCCGUCGAGGCUAAUCAGCAUUUUGUAGCUUAGUAUAAAAUUAUCCCAAGAAAGGGGAAGGAUCAAAAUAACAUCUGUCAUGGCUCUUUUUUA